AUGACUAAAACAGUUAUUUUCAUGGAAGCAAUGCCGCCCAACCUAGAGGUGAUUCGCUAUUACGCGCAGCGGCGUGAUAUCGAGGUUUCCAUGAUCGUCCUCUCGCUCAACGGUUGGGUUGGUAAUCUUAACGCGGCGUACGAAAACAUUGCCGCUUUUUUGAAGUUGCUCUACAACGAGGGCUAUAGCAAGCGGAUCCCGCUUUAUUAUGGCAACAGCCUCGCUGAGGUGGAUUUUGAUUUUUUCAUACAUUUUGACCCUUCUAUUGCCCUGUCAUCACAGACGACGGUGUGUAGCUUUCGCCGUUUGCUGUCCAAUUUACUCGAGCUGUAUGCAGAAGUGUUGUUCGGCGCUGCCUUUGAUCUUCGCCAGGUCGAUAUUGGGGAUAUGGCGAUGAGGCCUUCUUUUUUUGAGCAGCCACUGAGUGCGUUUCUCAGCGAAAACGAGGCGAAUUUUUUAGUCCUAGGCCCCUGCACGGAUGCGGCGUGGUUUUUGCAAAACCACAACGAACACCAUGCGAGGGUUUCAAAUAUUGUGGUGGCGGGAGGAACCUUUCUGGACACCGGGGAUACCUAUGAUGUGAUAAUGCGAAAUAAAGGCGUGGAGAUGAACUUUUUUUUUGAUCCGCAGGCGGCAAAUUACCUCAUGCAGGGCACGCACGGCCGCCCGGUGACGCUUAUCCCAAUGGAUGCUGCCAUGCCGUGGAGGCCGUCAGUAUACGACGCGAUUAUCAACAAUAAGAGAAAAGAGACCUCCGGUGGCAGUGCUGUGGUCCUUGCAAAGGCUCUUUAUGCCUAUCAUCAAUUUUUAGAUUAUUACGCCUCCGAGGUUUCGCUGUCAGUGGUCGCGGCCGCCUACAAUGCGGAUGCUUACCUGCAAGAUGGUGCACGUGGGAUUUUGAUUCCAGUGCAAGUUCUUUACGGAAACUCGACGUUUAUCGGCGGCCUUUCGAUUCGCCCGAAGAGCGGUGACUUUAAGGUGAAGGUGGUGUUGGAGCUGGAUUAUGAUAAGUUCUUUAAUCACCUUAUCAAUGUCAAUUCCUUAUCGCUUGCAUGA